AUGUCGGCGACUGAUGCUGAGUACGAUCUCAAAGUUUCACCUCAGUCUGCGACGGGGGAUUACACCUUCGCGAAUGUGGACAACUUGGAGCAUUGCACCAAGUACUUGAACCAGACGAUGGUUACAUUUGGAUUUCCCGCCUCGCUCGAUCUCUUUUCGAAUGAUCCGGUUUCCAUCUCAAGGACCUGCAAUUGUAUGUACUCGUUGCUGCAGCAGCGACAGCGUGACUUAGAGUUUAGAGAAUCUGCUAAUGAGCAGAGGCAGAGACAACAAUCGGAUUUAGCUAGACUUGAAGCUAAAGUUGAGAGGCUUGAUGCGCAACUCCAACACAAGGACAGGGAAAUUGCAACAAUUACCAGAACAGAAGCCAAAAACACAGCAGCUUUGAAGUCGCAGAUUGAAAAGCUGCAGCAGGAGAGAGAUGAAUUUCAAAGGAUGGUGAUCGGUAACCAGCAAGUCAAAGCUCAACAGAUACAUGAAAUGAAGAAAAAGGAAAAGGAUUACAUUAAAUUGCAGGAACGGUUGAAUCAAGUGUUAAUGGAAAAAAAGAAAGAAUCAAAAUCAGGAAUGGAGAUUAUGAAUUUGCUACAGAAAGAAGGGAGGCAGCGUGGGACCUGGAAUGGCAAGAAGACUGAUACUGACUUCUACAAAAAGAUAGUGGAUGCAUAUGAAGCGAAAAACCAAGAACUAAUGGCUGAGAACACUAAUCUAAGAGCAUUGCUUCGAUCCAUGCAGACAGAUAUGCGUGACUUCUUAAAUGCUCCAAACGGGUCAGCUAAUCCUUCAUUGGCUGGCAACGAGAAACGCGAGACGGACCCUUCACAAUCUCCUCUGGGUGGGAAGACGGACGUCUUUGAUCUACCUUUCCGGAUGGCUAGAGGUCAAAUAGAAGAAAGUUUGCGCACUAAGAUGGCUUCCAUAAAGGAACGCAUGGUCCAGUUACAAGAUGCACCUAAAGGAGCUUCAGUUACAUCUGAAGCAACAGAAAGAGAGCUCGAACUCGAAGCUCAGCUUGUGGAGGCAAGAAGCAUAAUCCAAGAACAAGUAACUCUCUUCUCAUCUUCUUUACUUACGGCUAAGAGGCUAUUUUCCUCAGUCUCUAAGAUUUUGAUGUUUUGA